UGAUAGGACAGUUGUGUAUUUAUCUAUAGACAUCAAAGCUUAGUUAGGAAACUGAGGAAGAUUGAUGGCUUCCACUUCCCUCUUUUUUGUCUCCGUUUUGCUUAUCUCUGCGUUCAUGUGUUCUGCAAGAACCAUACCAGAAGGAAAACAAAAUAGCCUAUACAACACACCUCAUGAGGGACCAAGGACUCGUGCUUUUCCUCCUCCAUUAGGAAAAGCAAAUAGCAAGAUCAACUCGUCAGAUUCUGAUGGUCCAUUUUCUCCUGGACAUGAUGGACUCCAAAACAUCGUAUAUAAUAUUGAUUAUGAAGGUCCAAGGACUCAUCCAGUUCCUCCUGGUGAGUGUUUAUUAUCCCCCAAUGAGGCAAAUGCAUCCAUGAUGAAUGAAGAUCAUGUCGUCAAUCGUCCAAAUAAAGUUUAUAAUUUUGCAAAAGUUGUUACAGUUAAAAAAUAACCUUUAUAUCGUUACUUUAAGUUUUGUAUCAUCCAAAGAGUUCUUAAGAUGAGAAAAAGAUAAUAAUAAUAAUAAAGCACCUUUUGGUCAA